CGGUUCUUGUGUGUGUGUGUGUGUGUGUGAGAGAGAGAGAGAGAGGCGCACACAAUUGUGCGUGACUGUAUUGAUUGUGUGCGAGGUUUUGCGUGUGUGUGUGUGUGUGUGUGUGUGUGCCGGCGAACGCGCGAGUUACGGUGGUGAACUCCCAGGGCGCAGUGCGAGCCAGCUAUUUCGGUUCCGAAAGACGAUCGUUCUUCUCUUCGUGGCGCGGAAAGUGAAAAAGAUAGACACGUUUUGUAAGUCCAUCACGGGCAGCGAGCGCUGAACUCGCUCUUCCACGCGACUCAGUGGGAGAAGGGUUUCGGAAGUCAUCACCGAUCCGCUUUGGAAAGCGGAGAGGAAGGCGGGGGAAGUGUCUGAGAAAGUCUAGCGAGCGCCGAACUUGCGCUUCCAGGUGAUUGCAGUUCAGGCAGGUUGUUGGGGUAGUAGGUAGGCCGUGGUUUCUGUCAUUCGUCUCCCACAAAGAUGGCGAAGGGGUCGGUUAGUCAGUCAUCUUCACUCGUGGCACGCGGAGGAGGGAGUGGUGGGACUGGCGGUUCUCGAGGUGGUCCGAUAGGCGGGGCCUCGCGUGGGAGCGCCGCGGCGAGUGGUCUUCGGAGGCGUCGUGUGAGCGCUGCCGCUGUGGGCGGUGGAGGUAAUAAUAUGCUUCGUUUCUACACGGAUGAUGCGCCCGGAUUGAAAAUCACACCGACGGUUGUCCUGGUUAUGAGUCUUUGCUUUAUUGGGUUCGUGACGAUUCUGCACGUAGUUGGUAAGCUCUAUGCGGUGAGGCCGGCUGCCUAGUUGUCUCACGAGAUACGUUUCUCAUAAUGUGCUGGCUUAUUGGCGGCUUGAGUGCAGCUGAGGACGCAUAUUGGGUGAGGGGUGGGUUCGACGAGUAUCGUGGGGAAACAUUGGCAGCAGGUCUGAAGGGGGGAAAAGCGGGGGUGCGGUGUGUAAUCUAAAGGGAGGUGGUGAUCCAUCUGUGCUCAGUCCUUGCUGUGCGGGCGAUGUUUCUGUGUUCGGGCGAAAGGCUGCUUUUGGGGCAUCAUCAUGACCUGGAAGCGCCGCCAUCGCCUAUGGAGACUGAAUACUCCUGCKCAUCUGUUCUUGUUGUCUUUUGAUAGGAUAGGGCUGAGUCGACUGGAGGUAAAGUGGAAUUCCACGACGGUGGUUCGGAACCAGUACUCUCCCGCUCUUAUUGGAUGCUGAGAUAUGUAGAUGGUUGUGAUGGCGCUUGUCGCGUCGCCUCUGUCAUCGCUGGCUGUUCGCCUGCCUAUCCGGUCCUUAUGCGCAGUGGCGGCUUAUUCUGCCGUUUUUCGUUUGUCAUCUCUUGAAAUAGGGCGAUGAGUUUCCUUUCUCUCGAUGGGUUUGAAGCCGUUGCUCAUGUCUUCCUUGCGGGCUCGGGCCGGUGACCUAGGGCACAUCCCGCCUAUUGCCCGCUCGGUCCAUGCGAGCAGGAACAAAAAAUGGCUGGCGGCGGCGACCUGGGUGGGGUGUGUGUGUCUGUUGAGAGAGAGAGAGAGAGAGAGAGAGAGAGAGAGAGAGAGAGAGAGAGAGAGAGAGAGAGGUGCUAUUCUAUUGUGUGAGAAGAGUCGGAAAUGGCAUGUUUAUGGGUUGAGGCGGUGGGUUCAUCCAAGCAGGGACGAUUACUGGACGAUUUUGAUUGGACAUUAUGGAGCUUGUCGAGCACKUACAUCUCGAAAGCGUGCUCCCAUGUUGAGCUUUUACAUGUUGAGAGUCUUGUCUCCAGAUAUCGGAUUAUCUCCUCUUCUUUUCCUCUUUUUUCCCUCUCCUUGCGCUCGGUAUUCCAUACUUAGGUUAGAGAGCCGUGUGAUGGGCAACCAUCUCGCAUGGUUCGACAACGCUAUUUGGGGCUUUAAUGCACUCGGGAUGCCUGGGCGUCUGUGUUCCCAGGUGGUGAUGGACUAAUGUCAAACUGACUCAUUCUUUGAAGUGAACAAUAGCCAAUGCCCGGUUGUUGGAAGCGCCUACAACAAUAUUUAGGGCCUUGCUGUGUCCAGGAUGCCUGUUUCCCUCUGCUCUGACGCCGUGACAGAUCCUGCAACUGACUCUUUCUUAGAUGUGACCAAUAGACCAUGCGUGUUUGUUCGGAUUGCCUGUAACCUAUACUCUGAAGAGUGCUGCUUGCAGUGAGAGAAAGUAGUAGUCUGCUUUGAUCUCGACUGUAUGCGUGGACUGCCCAGUUGGCGUUGCCGUGCUGCAUGGAGGGCUUGUGUGCCAGCCUUGGAUUGCCUUGCAGCUCCUGCUGCUUGCCUGCUUGCCUGCUUGCUUGCCUACCUUGCCUUGCUGUUCAUCUGCUCUCAUAUUCCGUCGCCUUGGUGCUCGCCUGGCUCUCCCAUGUGAUUGUUGGAUGGCGUGCCUGGCUGAUACUUGGCUUGCUGCUUUGUUGUCUGCUAUCGUGCCCUGCCUUCCUGCAAUCUGCUUUAUUGCAGCCCUCUUUUGCCUUCUUGCUUGUUCACACCUGCAUGGAUGUUCAUUUGCAACGAGGAUUGAAGUAAACUGUGAAAGCAUCAAUCUGGGGAUUUUGCACACUUUAUUCCAGGAGUAGAUGCUUGUGCCUGAGCAUAAUCUAUUUUAUCUGAGAACACGCAAAUAUGUUUGACCAUAUUUUAUGCAUUCAGUCUUAGCGAUCUCUGCACCAUUGUUUCGACCUGAAUAACUAAUGCGAAUUCCUUUCACAUGAUUACAUUUUUCAAUGUGUUGGAAAAUAGAUGUACAGAUUUGAUGAAAUGAUGUUUAUUGUUCCAAUUUGUUGCAUUUUUCUUGUGCAAUCAACGAAGCACUUUGAUAAACAGAAGCUACUUUCAACGGCCUAACUACCGUAUGAGUUUCUGCUCGACGAGAUAAUAAAAUUGCAACAAAAGGGAAAUAAAAGUAACGACAAGGUGCGAAGCAAACAUAACUCUCGAGGAUUCCUCCUCCUGGUGAUUUCGCAGCCCUAAGGCUGUGACUUUAGUGCGGUGAGCCAGUUCGCAGCCAGGAGGUUGCGUUUUGCCCGGGAGUAUUUUGUAGAGUAGCGCCCUUUUGUCAUUUUGGGCAUGUUGAUGCCCGUUAAGAGGGGUUUAGAGCGUGUGGUGCAGUGCAUGGGAUUGGGGGCAUUAGACGGACUCGUCGCGCGGCAGCUCGGCGUGCGGGGAAGAUUGCGGGGGACCGGCGGUCCUGUUUUUUUUUCCCUGUUUGGGUUUCUGUAUGUGGACGUGUUGGCCGCGAUAUGUGCUGAGCAGGGCAAGAACGGGCAGCAUGGGACUACUGGAUCGAGCAAAUCAGCUCGAGUUUCUGAACGUCUCCACAAACACGUCUAGAUCCAGGCAUCAGUAGAGCUUCAGGCCGCAUCCUUGAGGGGCGUUCAUCCUCGGCGUCAGAACGGGUUGGGACAGAGAGGAGAGGAGGACAACGAUGCGGGCGCCAUACAACAACCCGCUAUUCUAGUGGCGGCUGUUCCCUGUUGACCCUUUUGUUCCUAUUAUGGGUCAUUCAGUCUCCGAGCACUUCGUGUCCAUAGCUGCAUCUCUUCUGACUUCUUCAUCAUCUUCCUAUCCAUGUAUGCUCAUCCGCUCGCUGCAUCGUUGACGUCCAGGGGUGCUAACGGUUUCCAAGUAAGUGCGGAAGAUGCAAGAUGGCUCUCGACGGCUUUUGCAGCGGUCGCUGUAGGGAUGAGCUGGUGAGAUCGCUACGGAGGCAACCCUUCUCGAUGGUUUGCGUAGUUCUUUUCCUGGUUGACACGUCUCUCUUCCUCUUUCAGAUUGCAGGACGUCCCUGCAAUGCCCGCUAUUAAGUAAAUUGUUGUUACAGUAGGUUUGCGUAGUUCUUUUCCUGGUUGACAGGGCAAGCGGCGGUGCCUCUGUAUUGCACUGCAGCAGAGCGCGGUGCAGCCCUCUUAAAAGAAAAAAAGGAGAAAAAGACAAAGUAGAUGUGACAUGCCGCGCUCAAUGGGAAGCACAUGUCGACUAAUUAUUGAGAAAAAGACAAAGUAGAUGUGACAUGCCGCGCUCAAUGGGAAGCACAUGUCGACUAAUUAUUGCCUCCUCACUCGUCUACUUACCUAGCGCCUUGCUUCCCUUCUCGUCUGCUAUCUUUAUUUGCCGCUCUGAUUUCCAUCAGCUUCAUCCGGACGGUCGGACGAGCGAGCGGGUAGCCCAGCGUCCACAGGCAGUGUGUGUGUGUGUGUGUGUGUGUGUGUGAGAGAGAGAGAGAGAGAGAGAGAGAGAGAGAGAGAGAGAGAGAGAGAGAGAGAGAGAGAGAGCGGGUAGGUGUGCGUUGAAACGAUUGCCGACCGACAUUCUGUAGGUGACCGUCAAGCAAGAGAAGGUAAGAGAUUGAGGUGCGAAAGUGGAUAUAGGCAAGAGGACUUCUUUUGCUGUGGUAAGAAAAGGGCGGUGUUGUGUCGAAUCUGUAUAGGGGGGAUUAGCAGGCAUGUGCAAGCAGUCGGUGAGGUCAGGCUACUGGUCAGGCAGGCAGGAGUAGGACGCUAUCAAAAUCUUGAGGUUGGAGUAGCAGGAGAAGGACGAAGGGGGAGGGGGAGGAUGCGGGAUCACAACGAGGGUCAGGAUUUGUUGGGUCAGGAUUGGAUUCGACGUC